AUGGCACCACAGGACCACUAUGGCCGCAUUCAUAAAACCGCCUUUGUGGCGUCCACUGCCGUAUUCCUCACCUUAGCAAUUGUUGGAGUGGUUAUUCGGUGCAUAAUUCGCUUUCGCGCGCCCAACCAGCGAUUCCAGAUCGACGACGGGCUGUUUGCCCUCGCAGUCCUCCUGCUACUGACUAGUCAGAUCAUGAUAUAUGACAAGGUAAUGGAGCCGAUGUACUUUUUUGCCGCCCUGCACGGCCAGGUUUCGGGCAUCGAAGUCCCACACAACUGGCUCGAACUCUCUCACAGCUUCCAUAAAUGGGAAGUGGCAGCUUUGAGUAUCGGGUGGUGCUGCAUCUGUACGGUCAAGCUAUAUUUCUUGGCCUUCUUCAAGAGACUGAUCGAUCGCUUGCGCUUCUGGCAAAUUUAUUGGUGGAUCGUCGCCAUCUUCAACCUCGGCCAGCUAGGGUUUGGAGUAACGGUCUAUUAUCUUGGAUGUCCAUUCUGGGAUGAGCGAGAGCUUCAAUGUUCUUCCGGACAAUACAUGUCGGUACUGGUCCAGCAUUCUGCGGCGCAAAUCUCGUUGGACAUUGCAGCCGAUCUUCUCAUUAUUCCAAUCGGUAUCAUCUGGAGGAUCAAGGUCCAGUGGACCCAGAAACUCAUGUUGACGUGCUCCCUCUGUUUGACCUUUGUCCUAGUCGCUCUAUCAAUCACCCGAGUCGCUGGGCUGGUAUACCAGGGUGCCGUGGACAUGAUAUGGGAAAUCUACUGGCAAUCUUUGAGCACUGAGCUAGGCGUUUUUCUGGCCGCCGCGUCGACAUUCCGAUCCUUCUUCGUGGUACAGAGACAGAAAAAGAGCCCACCUUCGUCAUUCAAUCGCUGGCUCAGAAGUUCCACUCCGAGAAGGUCGGGUCGGAGCCAGCCCGAUUCUCUGUUUGGGUCCUUCUCGGAUGGUGGAUUUGAGCGGCUAUCACAAAGCCGCGGUGAUUCCAACCCAUCUAUUGAGAAUAUUGAAUGGUAUACCAUGUCCGGCACUUCGCCAGCCGGCCAGACCUAUAAUGUGGCUUUGGAUCCUGAGGCUGGCACUGAUCCCAUCCAUACCAAAGCACUGCCAGCCGAACCUGCGAGUGUUUUGCAGAAACCCCACUAA